AUGAUUAAGAUUAGUAUAGGAUAAUACAGGUCUAUUAGUGAGCCAUAUGUCACAUUAUUUGGUAGCAAUAAUGUAGAGUUUGAGUUAAUUUAAGACCAAGAUGAACUCAGCGUUGUUAUCAAUCAACAAAAACUAACAUAAACCAAAGAUAUUAUCACCUCAAUAAACUAAAAUUUUGAUAACUUAUUUACUAACAAAGUUAACAUUAUCAACUAAAUACCAGAUGUUUCCGAAUAGAUAAUAACUGCAUAUGAUCACAUCUUAAAUGGUUAAAUAGAUGAGGAUAGUAUUAAAAAAAUUAAUAACUAUUUGAGUGGCUAAUUCCUCUAAAGUUCGUCAUAUUUGACUGUUUAUGACUUUUUACUACAUGAAUUAGCCUAAACUCUUUCACACCUUAAUAGGCCUUUAUACGAGAAAUUUGAAAAUAUAAUAGAGUUUAUUUCUAAAUUUGAGACUACUGAAUCAAUUUAGCCAUGGAUAUUCAAUUAGACAUUAUUUUUGAAGCCUUUUUCUAAGCAUGUGAAAAAUGUUUACAAUGAAAUAGAAAAAAUAGCUAGUAAAAAUUUAAAUACAUUUGCAGACUUCGCAAACCUUGAAAACUGCUCUUAUCAUUUUAAGCUUCAGCUUAAAAAUGGAGAGGAAAAGGUCUAUACAGAUCACAUACCUUUUAGUGUUUCACCAAUUUUAAUAUAAAAGAAAGAAUUUGAUGAAUUUUAUAGUAAGACUUAACUAUGGAAUGAACUCAUUGAUAAAAUGUCAAAAAAUUUUGAAUGGGCAAAAGAAAUAUUUAAAAACAUGAGUGACCCUCUUUUAUAAGGAUUUUUAAAAAUUGCAGAAAAGGCAAACAAAUCAGAAAUAACUUAAAAAAUACAAAUGGGUUUAAUAAGGAAUGAUGUACUUCACAGUGCUGUAAAGCAUAAGUGGCUUCAAGUUGAAUAUAAUACAAUAUCUAUUUCUUUUGGGUAUAUUGCAGAAUAAGUGUAAUCACUCUAAAGAACAAUAAAAAAUUCAUAUCUCAAAAACUUCUUCGAAGAAUAUACAGGCCUUUAAGGAAGUAGUGUUGCUGUAGUUGUUGAGGGUUUAAAAAAUGCUUAUGAUUUAUAUGAUAAGCCAAAUAGCUAAAUUUUAGUUGUUGUUUCAGGAUUUGAAGGUAAUAGCUAUGAUUAAAGAUAUCCAGAAUAUUUACUUGCAAGAGAUCAUGGUAUUAUUUGUAAAAGAAGAACAUUUGAGUAGUUAAUUGAAUAAACUGAAGUUAAAGAUGAUGGAACUAUGUUAGUAGAAGGUGAUGAAAUAGCUGUUAUAUACUAUCGCACUGGCUAUUCUCCUGAUCAUUUCCCAAAUGAGGAAAUAUGGAAAAUCAGAGAAAAGAUAGAGCUCACUAAAGCUAUAAAGUGCCCAUCUGUUAAUAUCAUAUUAGUAGGAUUCAAAAAGCUUUAGAAGACCUUAUAAGAAGCAGGGUAGAUGGAAUAGUUUUUAAAUAAAUAACAAUGUGAAAAGAUAAAAGAAAAUUUUGCAACUAUUUAUGAUUUUGAAGAUGAAAGUAAACAUGAGGAGCUUCUAAAUUUGGCUAAGAAUGAACCAUAGCACUAUAUAUUGAAGCCUUAAAGAGAAGGAGGAGAUAACAAUAUUUAUGGAAAGAAUAUUUACCCUUUCCUUGAGAAGCUUACCCCUUCAGAAAGAAAGAAUUAUAUUUUAAUGGAAAAAAUUAUUCCAAAGCCUUCUAUAACUUUCAUGAUUAGAAAUAGAAAAUUAGAAGUUGCUCCUUCAAUUUCUGAAUUAGGAAUCAUAUCAUAUUUCAUUUCUGAUAGCUAAAAGAUUAUACACAAUAAAGCUGGUGGUUAUCUAGUCAGGACAAAGAGAUACUUUGAUGAUGAAGGUGGUGUAAAUGCUGGUUAUUCUGUUAUUGAUGGGUUAAUGAUAAAAAAAUAACAAGAUUGA